UAGUGUGAAUUUGAGGAUGUAAUUCCAUGUUUUCCUCUAGAGGACCAGCAGUGAUAGCUUUAUCCUCCAGCGUGGAAGAUGAAUAGAUCCUGUUUUUUGUUCGUUUCCCAGGCAACUUGGAGAGCCUGGAGAAAGUGCCCUAAAAUGGGCGUGUUGCUCUGCUAUUAAUGAACAAUAAUUACUAUAUUCCAGGGGCUCAUUAACAUACGAACUCUUUGGCCUUAUCCCUGAACUUCUGAAUCAGAGUCUGCACUUUAUUAAGAUUCUUAUACAUGUGGGAGUUUAAGAAACAUUAAUUUAGCCUGUGUUCAAUUAAUUCAUUUAUUCAUGAAAUUCUGUUAUUAAUCUGUGUACUGUUCAAGGUACUAGAGAACAGUGACCCAUAGCCAAGCUCACGGCCAUUGCACUGAGUACAGACCACAUAAUUUGAGAUUAGAAUUUGUGCUUUGUGGUGGAGGUGAAUUUUACUACCAUGAAUGUUAUCGUUAACUAGAAAUUAGCUGUACCUUGACCCUAGAAUAGAAAUCAUUGCAUAUUUGAACUGACUUCUGCCCUGGGGACCAUAGUUCUUAGCUGUCUGUGUCCGUUUCUACUGGGUUGGUAACCAUUCCUGGCGAAACAGACCAGAAACCCUCAGGCUUGGCUAUGAGAUGAUGCUCCUUAUUGGCAUAUAGUGGACGGCUUGGAGUCCAUUACAAGAGCGUGGACGUGCCAGACCAGCUGUGCUGCGUCCUAUAACCCUGAUCAUGAAAGUUAACUUUUUCCUGACCUGUAAAAUAUGAAUGAUGAUAGCUUUAAAAUAACCAAGGUUAUUAUAAAGAUGAGCUGAGUGUUCCCUAAAUAUUAUUAUCCUGCUUCAGAAUGAGUAAGGAAUUCUCACUCUAGAUUUCAUCUUUACACGAGACCUGAAGCAGUUCCUGGUAAGGCUCUCAGGUUACUAACCUAAGUUAGUAACUUUGCUUUUCUCAAGUACUUGUGAUGUAGUGACUCUCAGUAGUAGAGAUGUAAGAAUUUGAAUCUGGAUGACUGAUCUGCCAUGGGGCAAAUAAAUUUAACCAAUUUAUACAUGUUAUUUCUGUUUUACAGCGUUUAUAGGGUUAAAUGGCAUGGGAUUUCUGUUAUCUGAUAGUAAAUCGCAGGUAACGUCUAAAGGAACUGGUUUAAAUCCUAAUGCCAAAGUAUGGCAAGAAAUUCCUCCUGGGAAUCCUGAUGCCACACCUCAUGGAGCUGAGAGCUCUUGGCCGGAUCCAGCAGCCACCUCAGGGUCCUCUCCUGAAGGAAAUACAGAGCUUUCAGAAGAUAUGUGUAAGGAAUAUGAAGUAAUGUAUUCAUCUUGUGAAAACACAAGAAAUUCUGCAGGCGUUGAAGAGUCCACAGAUGGAAUAAUUUUAGGACCAGAAGAUCUGAGUUACCAAAUAUAUGAUGUUUCUGACGAAAGCAAUUCAGGAAUGUCCACAGAAGAUCUAAAAGAAUGUCUGAGGAAACAGUUAGAAUUCUGUUUUUCACGAGAGAAUCUGUCCAAGGAUCUUUACUUGAUGUCUCAAAUGGAUAGUGAUCAAUUUGUUCCAAUUUGGACUGUUGCCAACAUGGAAGAAAUAAAAAAGCUGACCACAGAUCCUGAUCUAAUUCUUGAAGUUUUGAGAUCUUCCCCCAUGGUACAGGUUGAUGAGAAGGGUGAAAAGGUGAGACCGAGUCAUAAGCGUUGCAUUGUGAUCCUCCGAGAGAUUCCCGAGACAACACCGGUAGAGGAAGUAAAAGCUCUGUUCAAAAAUGAAAACUGCCCCAAGGUGAUAAGCUGUGAGUUUGCACACAAUAGCAGCUGGUAUAUCACCUUCCAGUCAGACACGGAUGCACAGCAGGCUUUUAAAUACUUAAGAGAAGAAGUUAAAACUUUUCAGGGCAAGCCAAUCAUGGCCAGGAUAAAAGCCAUCAACACUUUUUUUGCUAAGAAUGGUUAUCGAUUAAUGGAUACCAGCCUGUAUAACCAGCCCCUUCCAGCUCAAGCACAGUAUGCCUCACCAGUCUUUGUGCAGCCGGUGUAUAACCCUCACCAGCAGUUCUCGGUCUACAGUAUUGUGCCUCAUUCUUGGUCUCCAAAUCCAGCACCUUACUUUGAAACACCAUUGGCUCCGUUUCCCAAUGGUAGCUUUAUGAAUGGCUUUAAUACACCAGGAUCUUUUAAAACAAAUGCUGCUGCUAUGAAUAUGGGUCGACCAUUCCAAAAACCUCGUGUGAAGCCUCAUUUUAGGUCAUCUAGUGGGUCAGAACCUUCAACAGAUGGCUCUGUGUCAUUGGGGGAUGGACCAUUGAAUAGGUCUAGUUCAAGGAGCUUUCCCAGCGAACGGCCUAGCCCUAUAGUAACAGGGCAUCAGGAGCAAACGUUCCUUCCCAAGGAGGUUCCCACUUUGCAGAUGGAGCAGAAUGGGGACUAUGGUAGAGGCAGGAGAACGCUUUUUAGAAGUCGGAGACGGCGAGAGGAAGAAAGGAUCCCAAGACCCAGCUCCUCAACUGAAGCAAAGCCUCCAACACCAAAAUUUGACUUACUAGCCUCAAAUUUUCCUCCUUUACCUGGAAGUUCAUCAGCCAUGUCCGGUGAACUUGUGGAGAAUAGGAUGUCUGAUGUUGCUCAAGGUGUCUACAAAGAAAAGGAUAAUGAAGACUUGCGAGUUGGUUGCCCAGUGCCUGCAGAUGAUGGACAGACAGACUGCAUUUGUGCCCAGCAGCUCAGUGUGAACCCUCGUCCUCCGCAGGCAGCCGAGCUUCCUGCACCAAGCUCAAGUCAUCAAGAGAAGGAUCCAACAGAAGAUUCCACUGUCCCGAAGGAUGUUCUCAAUCAAAUGAAUACACCAGUUGCUUCCCCAAGUACUGCAAAGCCUUCAGGGGCAAAUACUUCUUCGCCUUGUGGUAGUAAUGUAAAUCCAGCUGUGGCUGUGGCGCUGCAGGAACCGCGAAAAUUGAGUUAUGCUGAAGUAUGCCAGAAGCCCCCUAAGGAGCCGUCUCCAGUCCCCGUGCAGCCCCUGCGGGAGCAUCGCUCCAAUGUAGCGUCUCCCACCAAAAAUGAAGAGAAUGGAACUCCUGAGAAGUCGGUUGAAAAACCACAUGAGAAAACCGAGGCCAGGUCUAGUAAGGACUGCUCUGGCUUCCGAGGCAAUGCUGUUCCAAGGGGGACAGCUGGAAAAAUCAGGGAACAGAGACGCCAGUUUAGCCAUAGGGCUAUAACUCAGGGAGUGACUCGACGUAAUGGCAAGGAGCAGUACGUGCCACCUAGAUCACCAAAGUAAAACAAACGAACAACUGUUCAGAAGCUUUUCUCUUCCCGUUAAACUUGAGCCGGGUAUAUUGGACUGUUUUGGAGGGGAGGAGGGAGGGAGGGAGACAGAAAGUGUGUCCUUAAAUCAUUGUGGAUUUUGGAGUUGUGAGCAAUAGGAUCCCAAAAUUCAUCUCUAAAAUGAUUUUUAAAUGCUGGAGGAUUCCAAUCAAUAUAAAUAUAUAUAGAGAUAGAUAGAGAUAUAUACACAUAUAAAAUAUAAUUUUUCUAUUUUUGUUUUUGAUUUUAAUUUGCAGAGAUUUUCUGCCCGGAAUCAAUUUUGAAGGUUCAGAUAUAACUGGGGAAAAACAUAGUACAUCCUUCAGUGUAAGAGUUGAGGGAGUGAGAGAAAAUAUUUUUUGAAGAAGUGUUUCUGUAAAAUUAGAAAUUACUUUUUUUAAUCUAUUUAAAGUUUGGCUUGAAGAAUGCCAUCUCUGACUCAAUGGCCUUGUUGCAAAGCAGAUCAGUGGUGGGUGCCUGUUGUGGGGGUGAGUGAGUGCAAGCCUGGUGUGGGCCAAAUGUGCUGUCAAGUUCAUAAAUGAUUCAAAAAUUGAAUGUAAUACUUGAGUAGAUGUCUUUAGUUUGAGAAUUUAGUUUGUCUUUUUUGACCUUACUAACAUUUCUUUCAGCAAGCUGUUAAGCUCUGAUUAUACAUGGAAAUGUGACUACCAAUCAAAUUUAUUUUCAGAGAACAAAUGGGAUUAUUUUAAAAUUGGAAAUUUCAUCUUAGUCCUGAGUGGACAUGGCAGGUGGACUGAAAAUAUUUUAACUGUCCUUUGAAUUUUCGUUUCCUCCUGAAAUGAGAACAAAAAAAUUUGUCAUUCUCCAUUCUUUGCCUACCCUGAAAAGCAAAGUAACCAACUGCCUACUGAGUUGUAUGUUUCUAAUUACUUUAACCAAUCUAGUCAAAUCAGAUUUAACUGUUAUAAAUUUCAUAAUUAAACACUGAAAUAUUUUAAUCUCCUGUUCACAAAUUUAGAAUUUUUAAGUCCAAGAAUGAUAGAUGAGAUUCAUCCUACUGUAGUUUAUUUAUGUUAGUGUUAAAAUAUGAAAGAACCAUUAUAACUGACGUUUUAAAGUGUUAAAUAUUGUAAAAAGAAAUUUUUGUAAAGAAGAGAUUUGAGGAGAAAUUUUUUUAUUUAAAAUGUAUCUGCCACCUUUUUUUCCUUUCCUCUAAAAGUAUAGUACAGUUUGGAAUUGACUUGAGAAGAAUCUGCAAGUCAUACAGUUUUUGAGGUGAUACAGGUGGUUGAGGAAAAUUUGUGCAUAAUUUCCCUGAAAAUAAAGCUGUAGCUCUCAAGUAGGCAAGUUUACAUGCUGGUAUUUAGAAAAAGGCAAAAAUACAGAAAACCACGUUGCGUUGAUCUGUUUUAAGUCACACCAUGUUCAGAGUUCUGUGUAAGGUGGGACUCUGCUUUCAUUGUAGGGGACGGAUUGGAGUGUUAGUAACUGUCCCUUGUGUUAGUGAGUUGCAUAUGUACAGACUGAAGCUGUAAAUUGUGAACACUGGAAAGCACCAUUGUGACAUAGCGUAAACAUCGUAGUAAUAUAUUAAUGAAUGUAAAUGGAGGUUAAAAUUACAUUACUGUGAAACUCAUCUUCCAGCUCUGUGCUUUGGAGAUUUGUAUUAAUGGAUAACUAACUGUUAAGAGCUUUGAAAACACUGCACAUUUCUAUACAAGCUAGAAUUUUUAUUUCUUUGUAACUUAUUCAGCUUGGCAAUUGGUUUUAAUUUGGUGGGUUGAUAACAUGGCAUAAUACAUUCACUCAGUUUGAGACCAUUCAUUUCUACACACUAUUUUUUUUUAAUCAUCUACUAAAUGAAACGUACAAUUCUACCUGUGCUGAAAUUUGGGAGAAAUUUAGGUCCUUUUAAAAAAAACUAUUAAUCAUUGAGUACACCUAUGGGUAAAAGUGCUUAUUUUGGUUUACUUGGAUAAUGCUGCAGUUGGUGGAAAUGAUAAAUGUUAGAAGUGUUAAUACCUUGUGAAUGCAUUGGAUUUAAGAAAAUAAACAUUUUUUUAAACUUCACUUGGAAAGGAUUAUAAAAUUAUUGCACUUAAAAUGAAACAUUACCUUUUUGUACAGUGUGUCACAGGUGGUGGACUUAUUACUAAUAUGCAUGUGUGACUUACAUUUAGUCCACAGACUUUGAAUAAUCUAAAGGUUCUACCUGAAACACAAGAAAAAAGUCUUUUUUGAAGAGAGCAUAUUCUUCCAAAGUCCAAAUUAAAGACUUGACCAUUUUUAAAUGUCUUAUAGUGUUUUUAAUUUUAUUUGCCUCAUUACAUCUAAUAGUUCCCAUUUGAUGGGGUAUAUAGGGAAGAAUGUGUGUGGGUGUAUGUAUUAUAAAUAUAUAUAUAUAUAUAUACACAUUAUCUAUUUAGCAUUUAUUUUAUUACAGCAGAUUUAAGGUUUGUACCUAAACGAUGCCUGUGAGACGCUGGCUGUUUUUUCCAGCAUUACUCCAACUGAUGAGCAUGAGUGUUCACUCAGCUAUUUAUUUGAUUAUUUAGAUGGAGGAGUUAAAAUGUCAGAUUUUUCUCUUCACCCUUAUGACUUAACAUUUCCUUGGUUGUUGAAAGUAGGUAGAAACGAUGCUUUUGGUAUGGUACAAUGAUCUGUGCUAGUUCUUACUGCAUGAAGAUAGUGGUCAUAGGAGUUCAUCUCCUUGCGCUUCACGGAGAAGGUACAUGGAAGCAUUGCAGAAUGCGUCCAUUGUCUGUCUUGACAAUUAUGGUUUUCAUAAUAUCUAGGGCCUGUUUUUAACCUGACUUUAUUUUAUUUUUGCCAAAUAUAGACGGAGGCAUUUAAAAUAAUGAUCCAUUUAAAUUUAUUUCAAGUUGAUUUUGGAGGAAUCUAAGAGCUUUCAGUGAUGACGCAUUUGUUGUUGCUGGCAGUGUGCUCGAUUUGCUGGUAAUCAGAUGACAUAUAGAAUUCAUUCUGAUUAAUUUUUCCUUCCUACAAUUAAGGUUGCUUGAAUAUUGGUUCACAUUCCUUUUCUCUGUGAUAACCACGUGUGCUGUAUAAAAGGCUUAUUGGAGGGAUGUUAGCAUAUCCCUAGUGUAAAGGAGAAGAAGAACACUGCUGAGAACAGAAAAGAGCUUGAGACAGUUUCUCAACACCUUGUGUAGUUUUACUAGUUAUGGCCUUAAUAAUUAGUCAAUAAUUGGCUUUAAAUGUCCACUGGUUUUACUUAGACACAGUUGAACAACACUGGGAUUAAGUCUCUGAUAUUUGUGUUAGCAAUAUAUAUUUACCAUAUUUUGAAAGUACCCUUUUUUUAACAAAAAAUAAAAUUCAAAAGAGGACAGUAUUCCUUUUGAGGGGUUUUAUAAAUUCUUAACUAGAGUACACAAUGGAGGGUUUUUUUUUUUCUAGUUUUUUAUAUUUCCUUAGAAUUUUGUGGCCAUUGAUUUCACUCUCGGCUUUUGACAUGCUGAUGUAGCUAGUCUGUGCUUUCCAGAAUAUACAUGGGCAUAUCGGUUUUCAUCAGCUGAAUAAGGACACUGAAGAAGUUGAAAGGAAAUUUGUUUUGAAGUUGAAAAAUUCUUUAUGAGAAGUCACAUAAUGAAAUGACUUGAAGUUUAUUUUUUAGAGAGGUUCCGUGAGUGUAGCUCGGAUGUCAGUGGCUGUGUGUGAAUGGUUUUGUCUUCAGUUUUGCAGCAUAGAACACCUGUGUAAAGGGUGUCCCUUGAAUGAUCUUAAAUGGGGGUGGCGGUGGGAGAUCAGAAUUUAUCUGGCUUCUCUUUUGUCCCUGUUGUCAAAACUGCCCUCCCACUCCAAAUGGUGUGACAUGCUCAUGAGUAAAAUGUUAAACUGAGUACUUCCUUGUAUCUGUAUUUGUUUUCAACAUUGCCAAGGUGCUAUGGGAAAUUAAAGUAACAAAAUUAGAAAACAAUAAAAUUAUUAAA